AGUGGUUGCAUAUAAAAGUACACAGGAGCACUCCACACCCUUUUAACCACAAAAAGAGAGAAAUCUAGAGAGAGAGAGAGAGAGAGAGAGAGAGAGAGAGAUGAGGAGAGUUGUAGCCUCUUUGUUAUUCUUGGUGGGGCUCUUGCUCAAGAUUAUAGAAGGUGGUGGGGCUCUCAAGUUCACAAGAGAGGAUUUUCCACAGGACUUUGUUUUUGGAGCAGGAACCUCAGCUUAUCAGGUUGAAGGGGCUGCAGCUGAGGAUGGAAGGACUCCAAGUAUUUGGGACACAUUCACUCAUUCAGGGAGGAUGCUGGACAAGAGCACAGGUGACGUGGCAGCUGAUGGGUACCACAAAUACAAGGAAGAUGUGAAGCUAAUCCAUGAUACAAACUUGGAGGCCUACAGAUUCUCCAUAUCCUGGCCAAGGCUUAUUCCAAAUGGAAGAGGGCCUGUGAAUCCAAAAGCACUGGAAUAUUACAACAAUCUCAUCAAUGGGCUAGUAAAAUAUGGAAUUCAGAUACAUGUUACACUCUAUCAUUUGGAUCUUCCUCAAGCACUUGAAGAUGAGUAUGGAGGAUGGGUGAGCCCGAGGAUCGUGGACGAUUUCAUGGCGUAUGCAGAUGUAUGCUUCAGGGAAUUCGGCGACAGGGUUUCCCACUGGACCCCUCUUGUAGAGCCUAAUGUUAACGCAAUGGCGAGCUACGACAGCGGAGCGUUCCCGCCUAAUCAUUGUUCGUAUCCAUUUGGACUCAAUUGCACAGUUGGCAAUUCCACUGUGGAACCAUAUAUAGUAGGCCAUAAUUCCCUGCUAGCGCAUGCAUCAGUUGUUAGAUUAUACAGGGAAAAGUAUCAGGUGAGUUUAUUUUGUUGCUAUCUUUUUAGGUUUGUUCCAUGUAAUGUAUCUUAUUGUCUUCAGUUGGAGUCUACUGCUAAUUAUUGGGUCAAUACUGGGUUACAGGGUGUGCAAAAUGGAGUUGUAGGCGCAAAUGUAUACACCUUCUGGUGUUAUCCAUUUUCGAACUCUGCUGCAGAUAUUGCAGCAACUCAAAGAUCUAUGGACUUUAUGGUGGGUUGGAUCAUACAUCCAUUGGUGUUCGGAGACUACCCGGAGGUGAUGAAGAAGAACGCGGGCUCGAGGAUUCCGUCAUUCACCAAAAGCCAAUCUGAAUUAGUCAAGGGUGCAUUCGAUUUUCUCGGAAUAAAUCACUACACUUCGAUAUAUGUUAGUGACAACUCAAAUAACGUUCCCAAGACCGGCCUUCGAGACUUCAAUGCUGAUAUGUUUGCUACAUUCAGAGUUACUAGAGAUGACCCACCAGCAGGCAAGUUUGUUCCGACGCGCAUGCAGAUCGACCCUGCUGGGUUGCAGUAUAUGCUGGAGUAUAUCAAAGAAGUUUACGGCAAUCCUCCUGUUUAUAUCCAAGAAAAUGGUUAUGGCCAAAAAGCCAAUGACACUAUACAUGACGCCGAGAGGGUCGAUUACUUAAGCGGUUACAUGGGAAGCAUGCUAAGUGCAAUCAAGAAUGGAGCGAAUGUGAAAGGAUACUUCGUGUGGUCGUUCUUGGACGUCUUCGAAGUAUUGGCGGGGUAUCAAAGCCGCUACGGACUCUACUAUGUUGAUUUUGAGGACGAGAAUCGUACGAGGACGCCGAAGCUCUCCGCUUAUUGGUACUCCAACUUCUUGAAGAAGAAACUUUUAAAGAACAGUAAGAGGAGGUCCAAAUAUGCAGCAAUUUUGGCCGAGCAAUGAACCUGCUAAAAGAUAUCCUACUCAAAUGGUACAGUACUCAUUGUGAUCUUACAGCAGAUGAUUUUAUGUGAUAUGAGAUCUUACUUAGAACAUAGCAAUAAUCCAAGUUAUGAGGCUUGCAUGGUGGCAAUACAUUUAUAAAUGGUGUCACCUAAGUAUACUCCUUUCAAUGUUUUUUUAAGAUUAUUUGCUACCAAAUGAUGAAAAAAAGACCAUUAGCAACAUGUACUAAGGAAAAAUAGACCCUCUCAAGGAACAGUUUGUUUGCAUCAUCUAGAAAUUUCUUGUAGAAGCUUUGUUCACUGCUGUAUAAAUAAGAGAACUGUAUCACAGACAAUGAAAAGAGAAUGUAAAAGAAAAUUUUGUUUUUGUGACUUGA